UAUCCUAGAUUGGAUGUUUUGAUCAUAUCUGAAUAACUUGGAACCUUUAUCAGACUUUUUUUUCAAAAAGAUAUGAGUGUACAAUCUUUGAACUCCAAGCUGUGGAUGGUUAAUCGUCCAUUAUCUCUUUUCACCCCCUGUCUCACUCCACCCACCCUCUGUCAUGCCCACUCUGUAUCCACUUCGCUGAGUGCGGCCUCAGCCUCCUUCCACAUUCCUCACCUCUUCACGCUGUACGGAUUAUCUACGAGCUCAGAUGCUAUCCUGCUCAUUCCUUAUCACUAUCGGGUCCCUAACAGCGAGUCUUUUGUGAUUUUGUUUAUUUCAUUUUCAGGCGUGUGAGCGGUGAAAAGGUCACAGUUCGGUUGUUAAGUUGCUCAAUCAUUGCACAUAAAUUUAUACUUGGAUGUCAACACAUCCACCAGAACCUUGAUGGCAGCUGUUGAUCUCAAAGACGUUUCUGGUUUAUAUUAGAGUGAACUCGCUAUUUAUUGACUUUAUUGAUAUUAUAUAUCGGAUUGAACAGGAUUUCACGAGAAAUUCGACAUGCGUUACUUAACAACUUACCGUAUUAUUCACUUGGCUUUCUCCUUUGCUUCAUGUUCUCGUUCCCCCACUCUCUUUUUGGCAGUUAAGACAUUCCAUGGACUCCAAUGGUUAUUUUCUUCAAGAAUCUGAUCCGGCCCCCCAGCGAGCGUAGCCCUGUCAUGUUUAUGUUUCCAGUCAGGUUGUGGGGAUAUUACUGGGUUUGGGGAGCCCCACCCUGCUGCCCUUUGAACCCCCUGACACCUCUCUCUCUCUCUUGCACUCUCUGCACGACUCACAUGUUGCUAUCACAGAGUCCUCUUAACAUUUGAUAACACGGCUACAUAUUUUUUCAAAUAUAAAUCAAAUCAAUAAGUGGGGGCCAGUGAUCAGCUUGCUCUUGUUCUUUGGGGAUUUGAGAAGCUUCUUUCUUUAUCAAAAUAAAGAAGCAGCCCGGCCUCGUCUCGCUCAGCCACUGCGUGAGCUUGUGUGCGAGCAGUGCACCUGUUGACAAUUUAAGGCAGCCAUCGCAGCCCCGGUCCAGCUCCUCUGUCUGUCUUUUUAGCACCGUCUCCCUAUCGCAUAAAUCAGCUCCAGUGUAAAACCCACUACAAAGCUCCUGCUGAUUCCUCUUUUGACGAUUUUCCAGACGUGCCGAGAAGGAAGCGAGCACGACAGUCAACUCUGGCAGAGACGUUAUUAUGAUAAGUCGCUGUUCCUUCCUUAAUGAGGAGCACAUGCUUUCACAGGUUUCAUAUGUGUCAACUGAUUCUGUUUAUUCUUUCCCAUGGAGACAGCAUCAUAUCACUUCCAAAACAAUAUGUAAGCUUAUUUAGAAAUUAUCAAUAAAUCUAGCCUUUUUUUUAGCAAAUCAGGGGAUUUUUUGAAAGUAUGAGAAGUGACAGGCUCUGAAAAGACGUGGACCAAAGCACAGACUGCAGAGCUAAAUCAAUGCCAGGAAAAGCCUUCUGCACGAAGGGGAAUUCUGGAGGGUUAAAAUCUGUUUUGGAGAAGUGGAGGAAGAAUCACAGAGUUCCCAAAACAGACGAUAAUACACACUGGGAUGCCAAAGGACACAUCACUGGAGGGCUUGAGCUUUCAUCACAUCCCAGCACUUUUGUGGGAAUCACCCGUCCUUCCUGACACCUCAACCUCUUGUUGAAACGUACUGUAGCCAAAUCACCCUGUGCUGUUCUAGCUUUCAUUUACAGAACACACGUCUCAGUUGAAAACACACAGUGCCCCUUCAUGACAAAUGUCUAGGUUAAAAAAUCUGGGAAUUGCAGUGGAUGUUUCUGUUUUUAGUUUUUCCUCCAUGACUCCAUCACAGUGACUUCAUGUAUGAGGAGACUUUGAGAAGAUGGUGUUGAUGUUGCCAUGAUGUGCCGAGUCCUUUCAUUUUGUUUUCACAGUCACACCAUGUGUGCUAUUAGAUUUACCAGUGAUUUAAAGAAGAUGUUUGUGCAGUUAAUGUUGUUAUACAUGAACUUUCUAAACAUGCACAGUGAACCACCUGUUACCAUGCCACUGGCAGGUUAACUUCUUACAGGCUUUUAGGGUUUGACACUAAAUAGGUCAUUUUAAAGGCACUGUAAUUGACAAAAUAGUGAUAUUCAUACCAUAGUCUGUAUUAUGUUGUUAAAACCCAGUGCAAACAAACCCUCCUUGCUGAAGACAUAAUUUCCAUUGCGUGGGAUUCAUUAAAUAUUGUCACACAUUUUAACACAAUCUAAGAGAUACUAUUAACUUGUUGAAAAGCCUUGAAAUGACAUACACUUCUCUUAAAACGCCCCUUCUAUCUGUGGAGUGUACAGAUUUCCUCAUCCUCAGUUGUGCACGUGUUUAAUCCGAAAACCACUUUCUCAUGUUAAUUCUGCACAGUGAAGGUCAAACAUCCAUGUGAAGUAACGUUAAGCAAAACACAUUUUAGAGUGGAGAGAGAAGGUUAACACGGAAAAGGAAGGUGUGUUUGUGGGUGGGUGUGUGUGGGUGUGUGUGUGGGUGGGUGAUCCAGAGACGAGCUCACAGCUACUUACCCAAACUUUAGAUCAGCUCUGGGUUGCGUAUGUCAUAUGACGGUUUCUCCUCUGUUUGCAUUCUUCAUGGCAUUCUGCCAGCCUGAGUGAUCGCAUGGAAUGCACAUGGGACUUUUUUUCAUCGGGAAAAUAUUUGUGCAUUGGGCUGCUGCCUAUAACCCACACUGGAGUCUUCUACAGCUGAAGCCGGAGAUAUUCCCUUUUUUUUUUAACACAAAUGUACAUCAUGGGAUUUGGGAUGUGAGGCGAGGUGUCAUUACAGACUGGAUCAAUGCUGUGCUGAAGGAAAAUGCGGAUACAGUUAUUUUUAAUUUGGAUUCUGCACUUCAUGGAUCUUGCAAGAGGCGCAGACAACACAAAGAUUCUGCGAUACAGACGUAGCUCUUCAGUGGCCAGACUGUGUCCGGCAGGUUGUGCAUCGUGCUCGGCCCUGAAUGGCUGCCUGUCCUGUAAACCUCGCCUCUUCUUCCACCUGGAGCUGGACGGGAUGAGGCAGAGGGGCACCUGUCUGUCCUCCUGCCCCAGGGGCCACUACGACAAGCGCUCGCCACAAUUUAACACAUGCACCAGGUGCCGAGAGGACUGCGCUUUCUGUUUCAGUGAAACCUUCUGCACUCGCUGUCAUCCGGACCACUUCCUGUUCCGAGGAAAAUGUGGAAACAGCUGUCCGACUGGGCUGACGGCAAACACAGCGCUGCGAGAGUGCACAGAGUGCCCUGCAGGCUGUGAAGUGUGUGUGAGGAAAAACGAGUGUGUGAGGUGUCAAGCUGAAUUAUACUUUCUCCACGGGCAGUGCCACCAUAACUGCCCCAGUGGAUCAGAGCCCGAUGUACAGCUCAUGCAGUGCACCCCUCAAGAUGAGAGUGGGGUCUUCCAUUUUCUAUCUCCUCCUUCCACUUAGUGUCGUAUUAAUCUUUGGUACCUCCUCUAGUACAAUUUGGGUUUGGGGAAUGGACAAAGUGGGGUCUGUGUAUUCGGGGCAAAUAGGAGAGGAGAGAAGUUACGCACCUGACAUUGUCCACGGUCCCCGAGUCUCUACGGUGACCGCUGUCCCCACGUGUCUCAGAUCAGGAAGUGUGUCAUCAAAAAGAGAUCAAGUGGACUGUCAUGAGUGGAGGCAGAGAAUGUAUCAAUAAAUUGUUAACAUUGCAGAGAUAUUUAACUGUUUAUUGCACAUUUCUUCUUGGAUGGAAAUGUAAAUAUGGAAUGUUAUUGUCAAUUGUAAAAAUGUGUAACUAAAAUUGCAUUUGAGUGUGAGUUAACAAAAGAUUGGAUGGAUUUGCUGAUGUUCCUGCCAUUGCAGUCAUGUGCUUGAGUGAUACCGCUGGUGGCCAGCUAUGCUAAACACUUCUUUGUUUUACUUACUGAUUGUCUGGUUUGAUUUUGGCUCAGUUUAUAUUUUACUGCAUUUUUUGACUCAUGCUCACUGUUUUCUUGCCUGCAAUAAAAUGUUGUAGAAAAUAA